AUGGCCACCUUUUCUGAUCGUCUGUCCCAUUAUCCACUUAUCAGUGAUUCAUUGAAAGCUGCCUCCGAUGCCUACAAUUGGGUCUCUAGUGGUGAAAGGUUCCGCAGCAUUUUUCAGCUUAGUGAAAGCGCAGCUUCCGCUAUUAGAGAUCAGGCAAAGGCGCUUGCAAGCACUGAUGCUGUAACCAAGCUAGAUGAUAUCGCCUGUCGUCAAAUAUUGGAUCGCCUUGAAGCCGUAAUACCUUCGGUGAAAAAACCCACUAGAGAGCUGCUGGGUCAAACUGCUGAUCGUGCCCUUGAUGCUGCCGAAAGUUACCUUGAAUACUUCCUCCCUGACACUAAGACCGACUUUGAGGGAAAAGCCGUGGCAUCUCGUUACGAUCGUCUAAUGCGUCUGCAAAGUGCCCUGGUCAACUCGGAGAAAGUGCAGGCAGCGCAGAACACCAUUUCCAACGCCUACAAGGGGAUUCAGGACCAGCUAGCAUCGCUUUCAGCAGUUACCUCCAAAGAUAAACGCGAAGCCAUGCUUUCUAUUAUCAGCAGCCUUGCCACCGAAUACAAACAAGCGGCAGAGGUGGCUUUUCCACGCUUCAAAGCCUUCGUCGCGGGCGCCAUCUCUCAACUGCAUAACUUCACUCAGGAACUACGUCAGACCGACAACGUGACCCAAAUGGCCAUUGACCAGCUGCAGGCCACAGUGAACGGGCUGCACAGCACCUUGCUGAGCCUUAACGAGCGUCGCGAAAGAUGGCUUCAUGGCCCCUCCGCUGAGACUAAGCCUAGCACAGAGAAGACCAACUGGUCUACCUACUGGAAGGCCGAAUGGCAUUUACGACUGCCUAUCCACUGGACACAACUCAAGCCUGUUCAAGCUACAUUGACAAGUCAACUGAAAGUUGUAUUCCUGCAAGGCUCUGUGUGA